AUGUUAUUCCAAUAUGUACCAGAAACAGAACCGGACCUACCCACACAAUAUUUGGAAAAUGCUGAUGUAUUAAAUAAUUAUUUUCCAGAUAUAACAUUUGACGAUCUUGCUUUUUCUAUCGAACCUAUAGAAGAAGAAUUGGAUAUACUUCCUCUGCAACCCGAUGCAGAUAUUGUACAAAUACAAGACACAGAAAAUGAAGUUCUCGCUGGAUUUAUUAAGGAUUUUACAGAAGUAAAAGAAGAAGUUUUUCUUCGAUGCAACCCUCUAAUUAGAGUAAACUUCAAAGAAAAACUCAGAGAAAUUGUUAAACAGCUAAAGAAAGAAGCUGAUAGUAAUAAGGAAAAGACACAGAAGAUUUGUAAUAAUUUUAGAAAAGCUUUAGGACUAAGACGUGCUGCCCGAGUAUAG